AUAAUAAACAAUCGACUCGGAGUUUGAAAGAACGUGAUUUCUGACCGAUUUCCUCAGCAAAAUAUGGACGUUUUUGAUCGGAAAACAAACGAAGUGGACAUAACAGUCACAGCGCCUUCCGACAACGAAAUGGCUGGGUAUAGUUCCGACUCAGACGAUGAUAAUUCAGGCGAUUUCGAACACGAACCCGAGCAUAAACCCGACACUUCAAGACCAGAGGAUGCCAAUUCGUCGACUUUAGAGAAUUCAAAAGAAGACGAUGCUACUGAUGGGAAAGAAAGCGAACUUUGCGAACGUUUCGAUAGCGGGGUUAGUUUAAACGAAGAUAAAUCGGCCGUUGAAACGCCGGAAAGUGGCGGACAAAACUAUGAAAUUGUUGGCGACCGUGUUUUGGUGGAAAAAGAUGGGAAAUUCGAGCUUGUAGACGCGAACGAAAUCAAAGCGGAGUACUUUGAAAUGCUCGGGAUUAAGCACGAAGCCAGCAGCAGCAGUUCUACCGAGGUCGCAGCCGAGAAAUCCGAUGAUUCUGAACGGCCUGUGGUUCGAGAGAGGCCAAAGACUACACCAGCUUUUGGAUCGAGGGGGAAGGAUGGUCAGGGCGAGCCCCAUGUUCGCAAGAAAAGGGUCCAAAGCUCCUGGGGUUACAGGAAUAGUGAGUAUGCUAAGAUUAAGUCGCCCUACGGAUUGAGCGAGAAACAGCUUGAGAUGAAGAGAAAGCGAGAGGAGGCGAUUGCUCGGAGAAAAAAGGAGGAAGCAGAAAGGCAAAAAGAAGAAGAGAAUCGCAAAAGGGAAGACGCUGAAAGAGCUUUUCAGGCAUGGCUAAACUCAAAGAGGGAAGAAGAGAAGGAACACAGGAGAAUGGCGGCAAAGGAGAGCAACAAAGAAGACGAAAGCCGAGCAAAGGAUUCGCAGAAAGCUUUCAAAGCUUGGAAGUCUGCGAAAAGGAAACAGGAGAAUGCAGAGAGGGAGGCAGCGACGAGACGAAUGCAAGAAACAGCAUCAAUGUAUGUUGUACAUGACAGGGGAACUUGUGAAGAUGCUUUCAAAAGGUGGUUGAAAAAGAAGAAAAAUGAAAAGAAAGCAAAGGAAGAAGAGAAAAUUAAACGCCUUAGACCAAAGUCGAGGCGUAAACCGAAAGAGCCAUUGCCAGUCAACUCAGACAAAAUAAGGUUCACAGAUAAUUAUGGUUAUAGAAAUACUGUAGUUUACUAGACAUAGAGUAUUUAAUAGCUUGAGGGACAAGAGUUAAAUAUUAUAUAACAAAUGGAGUGUAUUUUAGCUAAUAUUUAUAAAUAUAUUAUCUAUACGCAGAUUAAAGGGGAGAAAUACAACUGUCUA